CCGAGGCGAGCAGACGACGUGAUUAAGGUGUGAUUCAGGUGUCAAGUACAGGCACAUAACCUACAAUAAAGUUGUCUAUUUAUAAUGUACAGAAUCUGAUAUGUCGUGAGUUGGUCCAAGUGUAGUUAUAUAUCAGUGAUCCGAAUCACUUUAAACUAGGUGAAGAAUCACUCAGUACAAUGUCCGCGUUAUUUGGAAGCCUUCGAACGUAUUGUUUGGUCCGAAGUAUUAGCAGGUAUAAGCGAUCGUCACUUCCGAAAAGCUAUGCAAGUUUACAGUUGCCGACUAUACUUUGCCUAAAUAGAAGAAAGUUCAGCACCGACGCCAGAAUCACAAUCGCAAAUGCGGCAGUAAGGAAAUACCUGGAUAGUAUAAUUAAAAAGUAUGACAAUAUCAAGGCUGGGCAGGAUACUCUUCAAAAAAAUACAGACCUCGUACCGGUGGUUAGUUUACUCGAAAACCGGCUAAGUAUCGUCGAAAACAUGACCAGCCUCAGCGAUCUGGGUAAGGACAAGGAGAUAAAGGAUCUUGUGGCGGAGGAGAUGGUGGCGUAUAAAACGCAGCUCGCGCUUCUGGACGAGGAAUUGAUCGAGACGAUAUUGUCCAACACUGCCCAGGACGCGUGCAGAGACGUAAUUUUAGAAGUAACCGCCGGAGUUGGGGGUCAGGAGGCGAUGUUAUUCGCCAAGGAUAUCUACGAGAUGUACUUGGGGUACUUGGACUACUUGGGAUACGAGUACGAGCUGAUGGAUCUCGGGCUUUCGGACAUAGGCGGAACGCGGCACGUGACGAUCUCGGUGUCGGGGGACGGGGCGUUUUCGACGUUGAGACACGAGGCGGGUGUCCACAGGGUGCAGAGGAUACCCACGACGGAAAAAUCGGGCCGAGUUCACACGAGCACUGUUACAGUGGCGGUCCUCCCCCAGCCGUCGGAGAUCGAAAUUUCCCUCGCCGAUAAGGACUUGAAGAUCGAAACGAAGCGGGCAUCGGGAGCCGGCGGGCAGCACGUCAACACGACCGAUUCGGCGGUCAGAAUGGUCCACUUACCUACCGGGAUCACGGUCGAAUGUCAGAGUCAGAGAUCUCAACUCAAGAACAGGGAGUUGGCGCUGCGGACGUUGCGCGCCCGUAUUUACGCCAAACAGCUUGCCGAGCAGCAAUCGACGACAUCGGAGUUGAGGAGAAGUCAGAGAGGGCUUGGCCUUAGGAACGAGAAAAUUAGAACGUACAAUUACCAACAGAACAGGGUCACGGAUCACAGGAUAGCAAACGGCACGGUCCAUAAUUUGAAAGGGUUUUUAGAGGGGGGAGAAGUACUCGCGAACCUGGGGAAAAGUUUGGAAGAGGAAUUGCGCAAAACCUUAUUUCUUGAGAAUGUGAACGCAGCACGAAAUGGCUGACGUGCAAUGCUGGUCCUCGUCACGCAUAGAUUAAUGAUCAUAUAGAAUGGAUUUAUAAACUAUGUAAAUAAGUCGAAUAAACAAAGGUAAUUAUUGAUACAAAAUUGACGUGACUAUAUGUAUAUCUUCGGAUCGCGAGUUCAUUAUGACAACGUACUCUUCGCGAGUCCAUUAUUUUAUCGUGGGUUCAAACUCACUUCUCUGUUCCCUAAGGAAUCGAUUCAAUAUAUGUAUUGUGGAGAUUUUAUGUUUUGUGAAUAAAGUAUCUCAAUUUAUUUGAAAAACA